AUGAGGGCUGUGGGGCUCUUUGAGGCCUCACGCUGCAGGGCGUCGUCCUCGAUGGGAUGCCUGUCCAGCAAGCCACUUGAAAAGGAGCCUGAGGUGCCAGAAGAGCUGAAAUCUGGCCACUUGUGCUUUGCGGGGGAACAAUUCUGUUGGCUCCAGCGCACAACACUCUUCCUCAAGAAGGAGCCCAACCAUUCGGGUCUCAGCGAGGGUGUCGGGCAAUGGAAAGUCGUGGUGCAGAACUCCAGCAAGGAGACUCUUUUUUUCUUCAUCAUGGAACCCCGGUCCGAGCCCAUGGGAGCCAAGCACAUGUCCCUUCGUGACAAGUCUGGCUAUACAAUCCUGAAAGUGGCGAUACCUUACCGUGGGCAGCCGCUGCUGAUCAGUUUGGGGGGGCGGCCGCAACGUGGGGGCACGAUUAUGGUUCGAUUGUGGGAAUGGGGAAACAACAAAGAAAUCAAAGCUUACAUGCCCGGACCAAACCAGAAGGGCAGUUACGGAGUGCCAGACAUUGGGAUGACUGCUGACGGGGCGAUGCGAGCGGAGAGGGACAAGGAGAAGAGGCUCAUAGGGGAAUUCAAUUAUGGGAUGUCAGAUGUCGGCCGGUCGAUCUAUGGAGACAAGGCUGACGCAGAUCUCACCGUGCAUAAGGGCGAGGACGUUGCUUUGGCGUUGGCGAUUGUGGCAGCCGCAGAUCAGCUCCAAAAUUUUGGUCUAAUGUACUUAAAGAAGAACAAACUUAUGAAGGGGAUUCUUGGGGCUGUGCGUGACGAGGUGGUGGAAACGGCGCUUAACGCGUUGGUGGAGGAGACGAUGGGAUAG